CAACUCCCCACCCCCGAUAGGGAGUGCCGCGCUAGCCGUCGAGACCAGCCGUCAGACUGCGCCAGCACUGGAACGAGCAGGCCAGAACGCCAGCAGCAGGCACUGAAGACCAAGGCUAGUAGCAUAUCCAACUGGAUACUUCAUCACUUCCACGAGAGGCAGGCUUAUCGAGAUGAUGGCGAGAGCAGUCGAAAAGUCUCUCCUUCACCCGAGGCUCACUUCCUGCCCACCUUACCGGAAAUGGUUCAGCAGAAUAACGCUGCCUGCAUAUGUCAUAUUUUGGGCUUGGAGCAGAGUCAGUUAUCUCGACUGACUGAUCUAUAUUUCCUUCACAUCACAUCCGUCUCACUGUUUCACCGCCCUACGUUCGAGAGACGCGUCUAUGUAGAGCUUAUGCCCGAGCAAGCGAGCACACUGCUGGCUUCCAUGUUUUGCCUGGCCGCAAGGUACGCUCAGUCAGGCGACACCAGCGAUCUCAACCGAUACGAAGGCACCGGGGCGCUCCUUCCUGAACGCUUCUACGAGAUCGCGUCGGACGCCACCCACAAGCAACUCCAGAAUUGCGGAGAUAAGCUUCCACCGCUAUUUCUCCUACAGGCUCUCGUGUUAACGACUUACAAUGAGCUCGUGAUUGGCGUUCGAGGAUUGGCGUGGAGAUCCCUGGGGCUCGUUAUCCGGAUAGCCUACGAAAUGGGACUUCACUUGGUGGACUUGCCAUCCAGAUCAACGAGAAAAGAUGGCUCGGAGUCUGUCGAGGUGUGGAUUGCCAAGGAGGAACGCCGCAGGGUGUGGUGGACCAUAUGGGAGCUCGAAGUAUUCGCUACCACCAUACGAAGAUGUCCAAUUGGCAUGGACCAGAGUCAGCAUGCCACACUUCUGCCAGUCGAGGACACUUUCUGGUUUGAGGGGAAGAAAGCGCCAAGCUGUUUUCUUGACGCUGACCCAACGCUUCGGUGGAAGAACCUGCAGAAGAGCGGCAAUGAAAAUGGCAGGGCGUGGUUUAUCCUCGUCAACUCGUUCAUGUGCGAUGCGCACUCCCUGGCCAACCCUUCCGUGCCCCAGGGUGUUACCUUCGGUCGCGGCCAGCCUUCAGGUGCCCAGCGGCACUCCCGCUCUGCAGAUAUUGGUCCCCGACUAGUGGUCCUCGAGAACUGCGUCUCAUGUUUUUCCAUGGCACUGCCUAAGCAACUGCAGUAUCGGCCAUAUUUAUCAUCUUCAAACGAAACGACCUCCUGUGAUUCGACGACGCGAAAGAGAGGCUCCGACAUACAAGCGAUAUAUGUCAUGACUCAGCUUGCAAAACUCAUGAUUCUGCACAACGACUGCUUCCGAGACGAACGUUCGGGUGGCGGCUCUCAGACCGAAGAGGCAGACCGUUCCUCCUCGAGCUCGAUGCGCGGAGCACCUCGUCCUGUUGACGAAGCCACAACCCUUCUCAAUGCCCUCUCGCCUAAAUACCUCCACGCUGCAGAGCAAGUGAUCAGCACUGUGCGCAAUGCCACGCCAAAUCAUAUUAGCGAUGGCGAUCCUCUUCUAGCAAACACUUUUUGGAUGGUCGCUGCUAUCCAGAUCAUCCAGGCGACAUUCGCAGAGAUGAAAUCAGAGAGGCUGGUGGCGCAAUCCAACCUCGACCUGCUACGUCUGACCCUGAUCCAGCACAGGGACUUUUGGAAUACCUCGUCCGUUCUGGUGCAGAAUCUGGACAAUCUGGAGGAUGCGAUGGAGAAAGUCCACUCCCGUGUGAUCUCACUUGGUGCUACUCGGAGUCAGCCUUGCACAUACCCACCGUCGCCAGAUGAAGAGAGAGUCCCUUACGGCGUAAGACAAAUACUUUCCACCCACAUGAUGCGCAUAUGCUGAUGUCGUACAAGCAGAGAGAUAUUACCUUGACCCAGAAUUCAAACUCUGCGGGAGGACUGGAUCUAGAGCCUCUCAUGCAGGGCCAAGACGCUUUAGGCGAACCUCAGGAAACCGAAAUGUGUCAAAAC